ACUGGACUCACAGGAAUUUGUAGCAUGACUACAAUCAGUCAAGUAUCAGUGAAGGCUGGAGAUUCAGUCACUAUCCCAUGUCUCUAUGACUCACAAUACAUGAACAACGUGAAAUACUUGUGUGAAGGAUAUUAUUGGUCCUACUGCUCAUAUGCAGUUAGAACAAACCAGCCAAAUUCAGGAAGGUUUUCAAUCUCUGAUGAUAAAAGCAGAAGAAUCUUCACUGUAACUAUAAAAGAUCUGACAGAAAGGGACAAAUAUUACUGGUGUGCUGUGGAGAUUGAUGGAGGGUCAGAUGUUGGAGAGUAUUUUCAUCUGUCAGUCACAACAGGUACACCCAGUCUCUAUGUGAAUCAUCAGGAGAUUGCAGGACUUAAUGGACAAAAUGUAACCAUCAAUUGUAACUACAGUAACUCUGGAGAAAUAAAGUGGUGCAGGCUGGGUAGAUCCUGUGUGACAGAUCAGUCUGGAUCAAUAGAUGGAACAAGUGUGACCAUCAGUAAAAGUGUCCCUAAUGUUUUCACUGUGACUAUGAGUGGACUGAGGACAGAGAGCAGCGGCUGGUAUUACUGCGUCAAAGGAGACUUUCAGAUGCCGGUGCAUUUAACUGUUACUGAGCAACCUACCACUAGUAACUACUACCAAACACCAACAACAGUCCAGGCUGAGCAGCGCAGUGUUCCAUUUGACCUAAAGAGCCUCAUCAUCCCUUUGAGUGUAUUGAUCUUCAUUGUAAUUGUGACCUUGUUCAUCUGGUUUAUGUUAAACAGACACAGGCACACCAAAGCGGAACUGUCAGCCACAACACCUGAAGCAGAAGUAACAUACAGUACCGUUAAGAAAAAGAGAAAAACUUCAGGCCAGGCUGAAGAGGACGUAACAUACAGUAAUAUUAAUUACAUGGGAAAAAUGUCAAGCAAGAGAUCAGAUGCUCAGAGUCACGCGGAUGUGACAUACAGCUCUGUGGUUAUUGUACAACAACAAAAUGUCCAAAGGGUUGAAGCAAAAGCUGUUGAUGUAAUAUAGAGCAGGUUGGCUCAGCAUCAUCACAACUUGUAAAUGUUUCUGCUACUACUAAUGCCCUUAUAUCAUAUCUCCAUGACUGUCAUUGGACUCUUUUUGAUGAUAGUGUUGUAAUGUUUUGUAAACUAUUAUUGUUUGGUUAUUCAGUAACUUACUUGAACACAUGUUCUCAAUUUUUUUUUUACCUUCCUCUGCAUAGCUGCAAAACAUUUCUAACAAGCACUGAUCUGGACGUUGUUUCCCAAAAACAACUUUAAGCUCAGAUGGUUGUAAAAUCCCUCUUUCAAACCUUCUUCUACCUAACAGGUGUUUCCAACCUAAAUGGUGUGUGUUAUGUCGAUAACUUUAAUAUUUUCUGGAAAAGAGUGUCUCUUUUUAAGACAGACGGAUUUCACCCAAACAAACAGGGCUCAGAAAUGUUAGCUGCUCACAUAUAUGGAUUACGUGAAUGACUAAUCAUUCAUGCAGCACAUCUGGACACACCACCGGUCACUGAUCAGAUCUCUACCUCACUGCCACUAACAACUGUCUCCACCUGCUGGCAUGUAAAGCCGUCUGCUCCCAGCACUGUUCCAAAGACUUCUAUUCCUGUCAUCAUCACGCAUAGGCCAGU